UUUUCUCGUCCCAACCUUCCCUGCGAGCACCCCACCUCUCCUGAUCUCCUUUUCUCUGCAGCGAAACCGCCAGCCUCACGCCCCAAGUUGUUGUGCGCUGCUGCCGUGCUCCUCCACGCCGUCCGACCCACUGGCCCUACCGGAAAGUCUAUUGGCCUUACUCUCUCUCCGUUCCACUCUCUACAUCUCUUCUCUGCCCCAAUCUCUCCCUCUCUGCACUUGUAAGCCGCGCCACCCACUACGCCGCCGGUGUAGCUAUCUACUCCAACAGCAUAAUAGCUAAAAAAGGAUAAUAUAGAAUAGAUAUGAAGUGUGAGAGAGAGGACAAGAAAACAACAGCAAGUUGGAUGACAUUGUAAGAUCAUUAAGCUUGGAGAAGAUUUGAAUGCAAAUCACCACUUGGGUUUUGUGCUUCAUCGUAUUUUGGAAUCAAGAAGAUGAAUUUUGUAGCAUCUUUAUGCAGAAGAUUGAAUCUUAGGGAGCUGGUUACAAAUGCUCCUGUUUACAGCAGUGCUAGUGAGGUUUCUGUGGAUGGAUUGAGUUUGAUGUUUAGGCGCUGGGCUACCAAGAAGACCGCAGGAUCUUCAAAGAAUGGAAGGGACUCAAAACCUAAGAACCUCGGGGUGAAGAAAUUUGGUGGAGAGAGAGUAAUACCUGGAAAUAUCAUUGUACGACAGCGUGGCACCCGUUUCCAUCCAGGAAACUAUGUUGGAAUGGGAAGGGAUCAUACUCUUUACGCUUUAAAACAAGGCCUGGUGAAGUUUGAGCGAAAUAAGCUAACUGGAAGAAAAUGGGUACAUGUCGAGCCCAAGGACGGUCACGUGCUUCAUCCUGUGUACAGCACAGAAGCUGUGGCUCCAAAGCUACAGACAACUGCCUAAAAUCUCAUUGUCCACAUCAUGUGCUGCAACUUGCAACUCUUUGACCCCAAAUAGAGCGUCAUUUUGAAAUUUUGUUGGUCAUUGGUGGUGCUGGGACGUGUUCUGUCCUUGCUCCAAUUCUGUCUUUUGGUGCAAUUUAGUGCAGCAUAUGUAUUUGAUUUAGAAUCUCAAAUACUUGAAUAAAUAUGAAAGACUGCUUUAAUGUAAUGCGUAUGCUCAGUAAAUUUCAUGGUCUGGGAGGCCGUGUGGCUGAGUUUCAUGAUGUUUUUCCUCUGUUUGCCCCAUGUAAACUGCAUAUGCUGCAUGCAGUUUAUGUUUAGACUAAGGUGUUUUCCGGUUAAAGCUUGUGAAGAUAAAUGUCUAUCGAAUUGCGCUUGGAACU